AUGCUUUUCCGAACCAUUGCCUCUAUUGCUGUUCUGGCUUGUGCCAGCAACGCCGCCUCCGAGCCCGUGCCUUACAAGCUGAUCAAGGCUCCCGUUGCAGGCCUCAGCUUCGCUCGCCGUUCUACUCCCGGAUACCAGCCUGAUCAGUCUGUCUGCGGUGGUGGCGGUGACACUUGCGCUGAUGCUUGUGGUGCUGGUUACCAGUCUUGCCCUUCUGAGGAUGACUCUACCCACUGUUUCAACCCUACAGCGAAGCAGUCCUGCUGCUACGAUGGCACUGGAAACUCUUGCGAUAAGGGCUACUACUGCAGCCAUGAUACCAAGGCCCAGACCUGGUGUUGCCCUGACUCUAUGGAUCUUGCUGAGUGUGCCGCUGCGUAUGGCGUUGAGGAUGGCCUCAAGACCGAGCGACUCAUGACCACCACUGCUAAGCCUACCACCGCUGCACCUACCACCACUGCACCUACCACCACUGCACCUACCACCACUGUUAUCUCUACCACCGCUGUCCCUACCACCACUUCUCAUCUUGAGACCUCCUCGACCACUGUCUACAUCGUCAGCACCUCUCUUGCCACCACUGAACCUGCCUCAACAACCGAUGUCGCCUCCACCACCAAGCCCGUCGUCGUUAAGACCACCACUAAGGCUGAGAAGACUACCAUUGUUGCACCCAGCUCUGGCCACAGCACGGCCUGGAGUGGUUCCAACAGCACCAUUGCCACUGCCGCCCCUACUCAGCCAUCUGAGCCUGCUUCUGGCCCUGCCGAGCCUUCCACCAUUAGUAGCGGUGCUUCCCUUACUGGUGUGAGCGCCAUGCUUCUCGCUGCUGCUGGUGUCUUCGCACUGCUUUAA